GGCCAACCAUGAUUUUGAGCCGAGCCGGGCUUUACAAUUACAAUUACGAUAGGAUUGACUGAUUGAUUGGAUUACUCCGGAAAGAUGGGGGGCUUUCAUAUACUGUUCCCCGUCUGUGUAUUCUACGACCGUAACGAGGAUUUAUGGGAGAUUCCACGUUGAGAUCCGAGGUAUGAUUGAUAGACAGAAAGAGGUUGUCAUGAUUGCAGGAGAGAUUCUUGGAAAUGCGAUAUAAGAACUGCCAAUGUCUCUUGUUUGUGAGGGAGGUGAUAGUUCUAGGUAUGCCUAGGAAAGCCAUCGGAGCUUAUCUUAUUUUUGAUUUUGGAGGCUAAUGCGGGGCAGCGAGCCUGAGCCAUGGGCAAUUGCUCAUUGCCAAUGGGGAAUGGGCAAUGGCCAAUGGGCAAAUGAUAUCGUACCGCAUAUCGUGCCGCAUUGCACCGUGCAGUAUAUGAACUCCAUAUGAGCUCCAUAUGAAGAUAGAUUCCUCUUCUACAGCAAAGCUAGCUACCGGAUACGUCUGAAACUUCAUGUUGCCAAUGAAAGCAUGCUACGCAAACGAGACCUAACGUUUGAACAUGAUUAUAAUGACUUGCAGAUGUCAGUGACUACGGUGAUUUAGAAUUAUUUCAAUUUGAAGAAACAGUGCUAAGGAAACUAUUCGUACAACAUCUCCACCCGUCUCAACUCAUAACAAGGAAUAAAGGGAAGGAUUAGUAUGCAAGUCAGAUAUUCAAAUUUCACUCUUCCCUUCAUCCAAUCCCCAUCCAUCCCA